CAGAAGCAGAAGAGAGGCAGGCAGUCUUUCCAGAAGCAGAGGAGGGGCAGACCGUCCCAGGCCCUGAGGAACAUUGUCGGCUGCAGAAUCUCUCAUGAGUGGAAGGAAGGUGAUAAGCCUGUCACCCAAUGGAAGGCCACCGUUAUAGAUCAGCUCCCAAACAAUCCUUCUCUCUAUUUGGUGAAGUAUGACGGGGUUGACUGUGUCUAUGGAAUGGAGCUCCACAACGACAAAAGGAUUUUAAAGCUUAAGAUCCUGUCUCAUAAAGUGUCAUUUCCUCAAGUCAGAGACACCCGCUUCGCAAGCACCAUGGUUGGCAGAGUCGUGGACCACAAUUUUGAAGGCCAACACAGCUCUAUGGAUAAGUGGAGGGGCAUGGUCCUAGCCCAAGCACCAAUCAUGAAGGCCUGGUUUUACAUUACCUAUAAGAAAGACCCGGUCUUGUACAUGUACCAGCUCCUGGAUGAUUACAAAAAAGGUGACCUCCACAUCAUGGCAGAGUCUCCUCCAGCAGAGGUGUCGUCAGAAGAAGGUGGUGAUGUUUUCAUAGGUAAAUAUAUACAAUACACCAAAAGUGACGGGUCCAAAAAGACCGGCAAGGUCCUUUACAAAGCCCUAUCCAGACCUCCUGUGUAUUUCGUCAAGUUUAAUGAUGACAGCCAUAUCUACGUCUACGAUAUGAAAGAAAAGUUCCAUUAA